GGUUGUUACUGGAGAAUAAAUAAACUUGGAAGGUAUCAACUGACCAAUCAGAAUUAAGUACAAUUAGACAUCCAUGUAAUAAAAAAAGAGUAAUUUUAUCCAGAAGAGUCUGAUUUUUGUAUGUUUAACCCUUUAGAAAUGGCACAAAUGCUAUAUUUCAGACUUUUCAUUGCUCUCUGUUCAUUAUCUGAAUGCAUUCCUCACCGCUAUCACUAUAUAAAUAUAAGUAUGAACUGGACUGAAGCUCAGAGUUACUGCAGAGAGCACUACGCUGAUCUGGCCACAGUCGACAACAUGAACGACAUGAAACAGCUGAUGAGUCAAGUAUAUAACAGCGGGGAUAUUGGCGUCUGGAUUGGACUGAACAAUACAGGUGUUUAUAAGUGGAAAUGGUCUAUGGGUGAUCCUGUAAACUAUACAAACUGGGAAACAAAGGGUGAGGCUAAUGGUAAUUGUGUAUAUAUGAUAAGUGGAAUAUGGCGUCAUCAGUACUGUGGUCAGACGUCAAGGUUCAUCUGUUACAAUGAGACAAUCAAUGAAUACAUCUAUGAAACUUCUAAUAAAACCUGGAGAGAUGCUCAGAUCUUCUGCAGACAGAAUUAUACUGAUCUGGCGAGUGUGAGGAACCAGAAUGAGAGUGAACAGAUUCAGAAGAUCAUUAAUAACAAUCAGACAUCUGUCUGGAUCGGUCUGUUCAGUGAUUUAUGGGAGUGGUCAGAUAAGAGUGACUCCACCUUCAGAUACUGGAUGACUGAUCAACCCAACAGUGGUACUAAUGAAAAAUGUACAGAAGUUAAAAUGUAUAAUCAGGGUCAUUGGAAUGAUGCAGUUUGUAGUAACUCUCAGACUUUUGUGUGUCAUGAAGAUAAGCUGGUAUUGAUCAAUGAGAGUCUGAGCUGGUCUGAUGCUCUGACUUACUGUAGACAGCAUCAUGUGGAUUUGGUUUCGGUUGAUUCAGAGGAGAUUCAGUGCUGGGUGUCAGGAUUGGUUAAAAAGGCCUCUACUCCAGAGGUGUGGUUGGGGUUACGUCACUCCUGUGCUCUGGGCGUUUGGUUCUGGAUGAAUGGACAGAUGGUUUGCUAUCAGAAUUGGGUGAACAGUACAGUAGAUAAGAGCUGUGACACUGUGAGAUCUGGAGCAGUUCAGUCUGGAGGAGAUCAGCGCUGGAUCAGCCUUCCUCAAACUAAACAACUCAGCUUCCUCUGCACCAGAUAUGAAGACUGA